AUGUUACCCCAUGCGCUGAGGAGGAUGUCUAGUCGCUCCGCAGCGACUGCAGCGAAGAGGACAGCCGCCAUUUCUCAGCACCUCAUGGCUGCGUCAACCAGCGCAGGUCCGGCUUCAUUCGAGUCCAAUGCGGGCAUGCGGAGAUACAUUCUCAAUAGGGAGGCGAAGUUGAACGCGCUGAACACGGACAUGAUAAACCUGCUUCAACCCAAGCUGGAGGAGUGGUCUCGCUCCGACCUCUGCCAGGUAGUGGUUGGAUCCGGUAAAGGCCGAGGUUUUUGUGCGGGUGGGGAUGUUGCCUCGGUUGUGCAGGCCGCCGCAGAAGAGUCAACGCGCAGCGAAGCUAUCGAAUUCUUCAAGAAGGAAUUUGAACUGGACUAUGCCCUCGCGACAUUGCCGAAGCCCUACGUCACCAUCAUGGAUGGUAUCACUAUGGGAGGCGGUGUGGGACUUUGUGCCGGCGCACCAUUCCGUAUAGCAACAGAGAACACGAAAUUCGCGAUGCCCGAAACAAAGAUAGGGUAUUCACCCGACGUGGGGGCGACAUACUUCCUUCCGAGGCUGGACGGACAGUUGGGAGCUUAUUUAGCUUUGACCGGGAACACGAUAUCGGGAAGAGAUGUUUUUGAGCUUGGUCUUGCCACGCACUACGUUCCAUCAAGAAGAAUACCCAGCCUUCUUGACCGCCUUGCGUCUUUGGAAGCUGUCACGCUUGACAGAAUCAACCAGACGAUCGAGGAACUAUGUCCGGAGCGCUCAGACGAGCCUCCCAAUCGCCUCGUAGGACCCGCGCGAGCUCUGAUUGACUCGGCCUUCGGUUAUGAUAAAGUGGAAGAUAUCGUUGAGGAGCUCGAAUUACACGCGGAGAAAGCCCCGCGCGAGCUCGCGUCCCUGUCGAAGGAUAUCCUUGACACCUUGCACCAAAGGAGUCCGACCAGCCUGAAGGUUGCACUGCGUGCGGUUCGGAAAGGAGCCAGUUUGUCAUUGCUUCAAUGUCUGCGCAUGGAACUCGGCAUCGCUGCGGCCUUCUGCAGCGGCGCGAGUCCCGAUUUCAUCACCGGUGUGACCCAUCUCUUGAUUGCCAAGCAGGGAGGACGACCGGCCUGGUCACCAGACGCGCUGCAAGAUAUAUCCGACCAGCAAGUCGAAGACAAAUUCUUUUCGAAACAAAAAUCUCCUUACCUGCAGGAACUCCCCGAGUUAUCAAUCCCGGACUUCCUGGAUCGUACAACCGAGCGUCAUCCAGGAAGGUUCGCACUGCCUUCGGAGGAAGAGAUAGAGAAGGCGGUCGUGGGCGACCACGAGACCAGUGGUGAUAUGGCUGUUACGCUCGACGAACUGGUCGAGAAUUUCGCCACCUUGCGACCAGGCAAAGUCGGUGUAUCAGAGAAGAUUCUGGAAGUGGUGCAGCGGCGAUGCCGGGUCAGCGAUGAUGGGUACCUCGAAUGGGUACAUCGUAACUAG